CUGGACGGUUACAUAGCCGACUGAUCUCUUCUUCACUGAACAACGCCUUUCCAUAGCCUACAAUCAAUUUGUCUCCUACUUUUUGGCGCGAGGCCUGAGCUCCCCUCCCGCCCUUCCCUUCCCACCCUCCCCUUCCCAUCCCGCCCUCCCCAUCCCGCCCGCCCCGCCCUACCCUUCCUGUCCGUCCCGUCCCACGCUUCGUACCCUCCCAAGCAGACCAGCUCUUGAGGGCUGCGCUGGUUAUUUGGCGUUGAGCGGUUCUAGACAGCGCAUUUCUUGGAUUCAACGCUCCAAGCAGUCGGUCAGCACUUGGUCAGUUAAUAAUGUCGGACAUUGACGUUGGUACAGCAGCUGAGAAUGUGGACAAGCACCAUGACGACCAGCAGCAUCAGAGCCACGACGCGGCUCCCAGCGUGAAUGACGGUUCAGCUGAUGUCACGGCUUUGCCUCCGCCUCCACCGAAGCCCGCAGUUGAAAGCUCCAAAGAGCGUAGUCGUGGCAGUUCACGCGAAAGGAAGCGCCGCAGCAGCCGCAGUCGCUCUCGGGAAAAGAAUGAGAAACGACGAUCUCGAUCUCGCAGCGCGUCCAGGGAACGCCGGCGCGGCAAGGACCGUUCACGCUCGCGAGAUCGUGCUAACAAGGACCGUUCUAAAUCUCGCGAGCGCCGCAGGCGCAGCAGCCGUGAGCGCAGUGCAAGGUCUCGAUCUCGGUCUCGCGACCGCACAGCCGUGGUUAGGCGGUCCCGCUCUCGCGACCGCCGUCGAUCUCGCUCUCGCGAGCGCAGCCGGCGUGACAGCCGCAGUACCCAACAAGCCCUUCAAGCACAACAGGCGCUACAAGCUCAGCUCCAGGCGCAGCAAGCCCAGCAAGCCCUCCAGGCGCAGGUUCAGCUGCUUACAGCACAAGCGAAUUCUGCGGCCAUGCUGGGCGACCGGCGCGCGAGGGAAAUUUUUGUCGGCAACCUUAAUCGCGGCCUAGUCUCUGCGGAAAUGCUUCGCGAGCUGUUCAACGCGGUACUGGCGAAUAUGGUGCCCGACCCCCUCGUUAACCCUCCUGUCAUCACCGCGCGCCUCGACUCGUCCGGCAAGUACGGCUUCGUGGAGCUGCGGUCCCCUGAGCUAGCCUCUGCUGCCACGCAGCUUCACAAGAUGGAGCUGUGCGGCAAGCCCAUGACGGUGGAGCGCGCCAAGGGUUACACGGACAGCCAGGCACACCUCAACGCUGCGGCCCAGAAAAUGCAACUAGCGCAGGUCUUCGCGCAGCAGCUUACUGGUGGCGCCACCCUUCCUGGCGUCCCUGCCGCAGUUCCGGCUGCAGCCCUGCCCACCGCUCUCCCCACUGUUGCCGGUAUCCACGGUGCCAUGCCCGUCUCUGCAGUCCCCACGCCAGUGGCUGUGCCCCCCGUCCCUGGCGGCCCUACAACAGUAGUCGUGCUGGAGAACGUAAUGAACGUGGGAGCGAUUCGAAUCGACCAGGAGCGACGGGAACUUCAAACGGACGUGUACCAGGAGGCGUCCAAGUUCGGUACGCUGACGGGAAUUACGAUCCCUGUGCCGCCACUGCACGUACCGGAUGGCGAGCCCUGCCGUGUCUAUCUCAAAUACACCAAUCCCGCUGACGCACAACGCUGCCAGCAGACGAUGGAGGGGCGCAUGUUUGAUGACAACAAGGUCAAGGCGACGUUUACGACGGAGACGGACUUUUUCCGGGCACAGGCAGGAGAGUGGCUGCCUUCGGUGGCGCCGCUGCCGGGCUUCACGCGCUGA